UCCGGGAAGAAACUAUGGCAGGGAGAGACUUGAUUGGAGAUGUAAGAUUCGAAAUAGUGGAUGAAGAAGAGGAGGAGCAAACAGAUGUGGACGGUAUAAAAGAGCAGGUCCUAAGACGUCCAGAUGUAUUGGCUGCUUUACAAGGGCGCUUGCAUGCAGAAAUGCUGGAGCAACUGCCUGCCUGUGUGAAGCGAAGAAUUAAAGCUCUUAAAAAAAUUCAAUUGGAAGCAACAAAUAUUGAAGCUAAAUUCUAUGAAGAAGUUCAUUUAUUGGAAUGCAAGUACCAGAAACUGUAUACACCCCUAUAUGAAAAGCGAGGAGAUAUAAUCUCGGGUCUAUAUGAACCAACAGAUUUGGAGUGUGAAUGGGAUUCUGGUGAUGAGAAGGAAGAACAACUUAGUUCUGAUAUGAAAAAUAAAGUUAAGAUUGAAGAAGUGGACACUGCCAAGAAGCAGGAGAAUGAGAUUAACAAGAAUGAAGAAGUAAAGGGAAUCCCAAAUUUCUGGCUGACUAUCUUCAAAAAUGUACAGAUGUUGUCUGAGAUGGUGCAGGAACACGAUGAGCCCAUCCUCAAAUAUCUGUUUGAUGUCAAAGUGAUAUUCCUGGAAUCAAAUCCCAUGGGCUUUGUUUUGGAGUUCCAUUUUUCUCCAAAUGAGUACUUCUCAAAUUCAGUGCUCACAAAAGAGUAUGAAAUGAAAUGUACGCCAGAAGAAGGUGAUCCAUUUAGUUUCGAGGGACCAGAGAUCUAUAAAUGCAAAGGCUGCAUCAUUGAUUGGAAGAAAGGAAAGAAUGUGACUGUUAAGACUAUUAAAAAGAAGCAGAAGCAUAAGUCCAGAGGAUCUGUUAGAACAGUCACAAAGACUGUUCAGAAUGACUCUUUUUUCAAUUUCUUCUCGCCACCACCUAUUCCAGAUGAUCCUGAAGUAGAAAUGGAGGAGGAGACCCAGGCACUGCUGACGAGUGAUUUUGAAAUAGGGCAUUACAUCAGGGAGAGAAUUGUACCUCGAGCCAUUCUGUACUACACUGGUGAAGCACUGGAAGAUGAAGAUUUUGAAGAAGAAGAAGAGGGUGAAGAAGGGGAGGAAGAGGAUGAUGAAGAUCCAGAGUUUAAUCCAGGGAAUAAGCAGCGUGCUACGCCUGCGAAGAAUGUGAAUCCAGCCGAUUGCAAACAGCAUUGCCUGGGCGGCAGGUUCUCCAUGAAAUCUGUUGGCAUUAGCUCUUCCCAGCAAAUGCGUUACAAAACCAUGAAACUGGAAGGCUUUGUUUUGGAGUUCCAUUUUUCUCCAAAUGAGUACUUCUCAAAUUCAGUGCUCACAAAAGAGUAUGAAAUGAAAUGUACGCCAGAAGAAGGUGAUCCAUUUAGUUUCGAGGGACCAGAGAUCUAUAAAUGCAAAGGCUGCAUCAUUGAUUGGAAGAAAGGAAAGAAUGUGACUGUUAAGACUAUUAAAAAGAAGCAGAAGCAUAAGUCCAGAGGAUCUGUUAGAACAGUCACAAAGACUGUUCAGAAUGACUCUUUUUUCAAUUUCUUCUCGCCACCACCUAUUCCAGAUGAUCCUGAAGUAGAAAUGGAGGAGGAGACCCAGGCACUGCUGACGAGUGAUUUUGAAAUAGGGCAUUACAUCAGGGAGAGAAUUGUACCUCGAGCCAUUCUGUACUACACCGGUGAAGCACUGGAAGAUGAAGAUUUUGAAGAAGAAGAAGAGGGUGAAGAAGGGGAGGAAGAGGAUGAUGAAGAUCCAGAGUUUAAUCCAGGGAAUAAGCAGCGUGCUACGCCUGCGAAGAAUGUGAAUCCAGCCGAUUGCAAACAGCAGUAACAAAAUUGGCCGGACUUACCACCACUCACACUCAUAUUUGGCAAGCUUAUGAUAUGAUUUUUGAGUCAUGUUUUGUAUAAAAUUUAUUGUAAAAUGUAAUCAAGUGGUUUGCAUCGGUUCGCCAAGGUACCACUUGUAAUGGGCUCGUUAUUUUUUUCUUUCAACUUUUAAGUUACAGUUUAUGCAAUAGUUACAAUAUUUGUUAUGUGAGAGAGAAAAAGUUCGUUGCUUGCAAUUUUUUGGGUACUGUUAAUAAAGAUACGCCUUUUUACAAUUGAA